AUGAUGGCAGCGGCGUCAUCGUUUCGGUGGUCCCUACUUUUUGUAUUGACACUAUGGAGGCUUCAAGACGAGAAAGCUGUGUGGGCCUUCACUGUGCCAACAGUUGUUUUUUUCAGUCUCGGGACGACGACACCAUCCUUUUCCGCCAGAAAAGAGCCACAGAAACGAUUCGGUCGAGUACAUGUACCACGAAGAUCGCCAUCUACAAGGCUUUGGAUGUCGGCACCAGAUUUAAAUGCCAAUGAUCCCUGGGCGAUUUUGGGCCUCAAUCCCAACGAUUCCGACAGCCUCGACAAGAAAGCAAUCAAAAAGGCGUACCGUCGCCUCGCCAUCAAGUACCACCCAGAUGUUGCCACCAACAAGGACAGCACGGAACAAGAAAAGAAACGUGCAUCGGAUCAAUUCGCAAAGAUAAAUGCCGCCUACGAGACGCUAUUGGGAAAACGCGGUGACGGAAAUUAUGCAUCUGCUGGACAAUCGCAACGUGGCAGCACUGCCAGUGGAUGGACACCACCCCAUAGAAGAAAACCGGGAGAUUCGGGAUAUUCUUCAGCAUACAGUGACAGCAGUAGCAGCAACAGAGGUGGAACCAGUUGGGAAGACUUUAUGCCAAAGUACGACGAUGAUCAAUAUGACGCAGGUGGAGACUCAUUCGGCUCUAUUUUUGCCGAUUUGUUGGUUGGAGCUGCAGGAACCGUCGGCUCCAGAGGAGGUUCAGGGGUCAUUCAAGAUUUUGUCGAGUUCCUGGAACGAAAUGUAGAUGGAUAUAGUUCGGUUGGAAGUGGUCGCGAUGCUGACAAUGAUGCCGAUCUCAGUUUCCUGCUUCAGACAGGCACUGUCGAUGAAAUCGGUGAGGAACUGGACGAAUCUGACCUUGUCGUGCAACAGCUAUCCACAAAAAUGAAGGACCUUGAUAAUGAAGUCAUUUCAUUGCAGGCUGACUUGGCUGCCAGUUCUAGGUUCUCCGAGAAGAUUGCGUUGGAAGAAAAGAUUGCGGAAUGUGAGGCGAGGAAGGGGGUCGUGGAGAAAUACCUUCGCAGAGCCAGGAAGCGGUUGUUGGCUCUCCAGACUCGUUACAAGCAACUGAUCGUUGGAGGUGCAAAUGACAACAAGGCAGGAGGGCGGUCGAGAAGCAGAGACCGGGGCCGUUCGGAGACCGUGUCGACAACAUCCAGCACUAGUAGCAGGCAGACAGGCUCUUCUUCGGGUGGCAAUAACGAGGGUGAGGAUUCAUGGAAAUCUCAGGGAUUCGGAUCGAACGGACGAGGGCGGGGCAGUGGGAGGCGGCGUGCGGCACGGUCGACUUCCGCUGCAAACGACACCAACCAAUCACCCUCCUCAUCUGCAUCUUCACCACGAUGGACAACAACAAAUGAAUCGCCGUCGUCUGCUCCGAGCUCUGAGAGAGUCCAGUCGUCAUCUUCUUCAGGAUCGUCAACAUACUCAUCAUCUUCGUCAUCGUCGUCGUCCGAAUACAAUGUUCCGCCACACAGACGGUCGAGAUCCAACCAGGAUCAGGAUGACAAAGAAAGACUGCGGCAGCUCAAAGUUGAUGAUGAAUUCGAAAAGCUCAAGAAGGAGCUUGGUUUGUAA